AUUUUCAGUUCAAAAUGUCCGAUGAGAAGUCUACCACACCAACCGCUCAACUCGACGCUCCAGCCGAUGGAAAUAUGAAUGAUUUGACGUCGUUGAUACAAGGAGUUCUGCAACAGACACAGGAUCGAUUCCAGCACAUGUCGGAUCAGAUUAUUCGGCGAAUCGAUGAUAUGACAACGAGAAUCGAUGAUUUGGAGAAGAAUAUCAACGAUUUGCUGCAAUCGAACCAAGUUGAACAUCCGCCAAGCGCUCAAUAAGAUUGCUCUACACUCUUCCCAAAUGAAUCAUCGUCGCUUCCUUCUUCAUCAUCAUCAUAAUUCCAAUUCGUUUUGUGUGCUUCUCUGCGUCUCUCCUACAUACAUAUACUCUUUUCACGUCUUCUUCUUCUUCUUUUUCUACUGAUUAUGCACGUGUUGAGAGGAUUCAUGACUACUAUGUUGUGCCUCCUGCUUUUAAUCUCUUAUUCAAUAACUUUUGUUGCAUUUUAUUACGAUUUUCGGAAUUAUUUUAUUUAUAUGUGAAAACACAAAUUUUGCCAAAAAUUCAAAUUUUUGUGCAUUUUUAAAAAAAAUUUUCAAUAUGAAACUAUUCAUCUUACU